UUUCCUUGUGCUGCAUCGUGAGAGGAACGGGGAGGAUCGGUCUCUCCGUACAAUCCACAUCCAUCCACCUGCACAGGUGACUUUAAACUUAGCCAUCAUGACGGAGCAGAUGACCCUAAGGGGUACCUUAAAGGGCCACAGCGGAUGGGUCACCCAGAUUGCCACGACACCACAAUUUCCCGACAUGAUUCUGUCUGCUUCUAGGGACAAGUCGGUCAUUAUGUGGAAGCUGACCCGAGAUGAGACCAACUAUGGCAUCCCCCAAAGGGCCCUGAGAGGACACUCGCACUUUGUGAGUGAUGUUGUGAUCUCAUCUGAUGGUCAGUUUGCCCUGUCUGGGUCAUGGGACGGCACCCUGCGGCUGUGGGACCUGACAACUGGCACUACAACACGUCGCUUUGUUGGCCAUACUAAAGAUGUUUUGAGCGUGGCCUUCUCUGCUGACAACCGUCAGAUUGUGUCUGGAUCCAGAGAUAAGACCAUCAAGCUGUGGAACACACUGGGAGUGUGCAAGUACACCAUCCAGGAUGAGAGCCAUUCCGAAUGGGUGUCUUGUGUCAGAUUCUCCCCAAACAGCAGCAACCCCAUCAUUGUGUCCUGCGGUUGGGAUAAAAUGGUCAAGGUGUGGAAUCUUGCCAACUGCAAGCUGAAGACCAACCACAUCGGCCACACUGGCUACCUGAACACAGUGACCGUGUCUCCUGAUGGUUCCCUCUGUGCCUCUGGAGGAAAGGAUGGUCAGGCCAUGCUGUGGGAUCUGAAUGAGGGGAAACACCUGUAUACUCUGGAUGGUGGUGACACCAUCAAUGCUCUUUGCUUUAGCCCCAACCGCUAUUGGCUUUGUGCUGCCACUGGCCCCAGCAUCAAGAUCUGGGACCUGGAGGGUAAAAUCAUUGUUGAUGAGCUGAAACAGGAGGUUAUCAGCACCAACAGCAAAGCCGAACCCCCACAGUGCACCUCUCUGGCCUGGUCUGCUGAUGGACAGACUCUCUUUGCUGGCUACACCGACAACCUGAUCAGAGUGUGGCAGGUGACCAUUGGAACCCGAUAAAAGGACUUACUAAUGCAAGCUGUUCAAUAAAACCAUUUGUUAAAUAGCUUUAAA